GGUAGUUUGGAAAGAGAUUGAGAGAAAGAGUGGAUGUGGAAGCCAAGCCGCUGAACUCUCAUUUAGGAAAUCGUGGACCGUUUGCAUAGCUUAUGCUUACAUGCCUAAUACUACUACAGCGUCUCUAAAAACACCUUUCGGGGAAGGUUUGGUUUCUUCUCAUGAACAGUCUGUGUUUUUCCUCGCUGGAUAGGUAGCUGUUUGGAUGCGAAGAGAUGGCAUGAUGUGAAUGACUCCAGUGUGAAGAAAUCUGCUUCGCCAACUCAUCCUGCAUCAAGUGCCCAUUGAGUAGCACUGUCACUUUAAUGUCUCUGUGCCAAGGGAUUGCUUUCCUUCUUUUCAGUCCUCUCGGUUAAUACACGGGAGGAUCAGAAUCAGAGGGACAUUAAAGAACAAGCCUGGGGGGCUUGCAGAGCACAGAAGAAAAAAAUCAAAGUGACAGCAAGCUGGAUCCUAUCUGACUGAGGGGAAGACUCAGCUUGGAUUUCAAAACUGAACAGUGAAGUGGUUUGCAACAGUUACCUGGCUCUUGGCAUGAAUCCAGCUGAAUUGAGCUGAGACCUGAAAAGAUAUCUUGAAUCCUGUGGCGGUGGAAAGACCCAAGAAUGCCAGUCAAGAAGAAAGGUGGGCUAUGAGAUACUGACCGAGCUUUUUCAUUACUGGAAGAAUACUGCAAAAAAUUAAGGAAACCAGAGGAACAGCAGUUGAAAAACGCUGUUAAAAAGGUGAUGGGUAUCUUUAAGAGCAGUUUAUUCCAAGCUUUGCUAGAUAUUCAAGAAUUUUAUGAGGUGACAUUGCUAAAUUCUCAAAAAAGUUGUGAACAGAAGAUAGAAGAAGCCAAUCAAGUUGUACAGAAAUGGGAGAAAACAUCCUUUCUUGCUCCACACCAUGAUAGCCUUCAAAAGUCUGCAGAGCUUACAGGUUGCAGUGGGUCAAAAGAAAAUACUUCAUGUGUUGAACAAAAUAAAGAAAACCAGUGUUUUGAAUAUGAAACUGAUGAAAAGACAAGUCAAAACGAAGGCAAAUGCCCAGCCCAGAAUUGUUCAGUGGAAGCCCCUGCUUGGAUGCCUGUCCACCACUGUACUAAGUAUCGAUAUCAAGAUGAGGACGCUCCACAUGAUCAUUCCUUACCUCGACUAACCCAUGAAGUAAGAGGGCCUGAACUCGUGCAUGUAUCGGAAAAGAACCUUUCUCAAAUAGAAAAUGUCCACGGAUAUGUCUUACAAUCUCACAUUUCUCCUCUGAAGGCCAGUCCUGCUCCUAUAAUUGUCAACACAGAUACUUUGGACACGAUUCCUUAUGUCAAUGGGACAGAGAUUGAAUAUGAAUUUGAGGAAAUUACAUUGGAGAGGGGGAAUUCUGGUCUGGGAUUCAGUAUUGCUGGAGGGACAGAUAAUCCCCACAUUGGAGAUGACCCUGGCAUAUUUAUUACGAAGAUUAUACCAGGAGGUGCUGCAGCAGAGGAUGGCAGACUCAGGGUCAAUGACUGUAUCCUGCGGGUGAAUGAGGUCGAUGUGUCAGAAGUUUCCCACAGUAAAGCAGUGGAAGCCCUCAAAGAAGCAGGGUCUAUCGUUCGGCUGUACGUACGUAGAAGACGACCCAUUUUGGAGACUGUUGUGGAAAUUAAACUGUUCAAAGGGCCUAAAGGUUUAGGUUUCAGUAUUGCAGGAGGUGUGGGGAACCAACAUAUUCCUGGAGACAACAGCAUUUACGUAACUAAAAUUAUAGAUGGAGGAGCUGCACAGAAAGACGGGAGGUUGCAAGUAGGCGAUAGACUAUUAAUGGUAAACAAUUAUAGUUUAGAAGAAGUAACACAUGAAGAGGCAGUAGCAAUAUUGAAGAACACGUCAGAUGUAGUUUAUCUAAAAGUUGGCAAACCCACCACAAUUUAUAUGACUGAUCCUUAUGGUCCACCUGAUAUUACUCACUCUUAUUCUCCACCAAUGGAAAAUCAUCUACUCUCUGGCAACAAUGGCACUUUAGAAUACAAAACCUCCCUGCCACCCAUCUCUCCAGGAAGGUACUCGCCAAUUCCAAAGCACAUGCUUGUUGAAGACGACUAUACCAGGCCUCCGGAACCGGUUUACAGCACUGUGAACAAACUGUGUGAUAAGCCUGCUUCUCCCAGGCACUAUUCCCCUGUGGAGUGCGACAAAAGCUUCCUUCUUUCAGCUCCCUACCCCCACUACCACCUAGGCCUGCUCCCAGACUCUGAGAUGACCAGUCAUUCUCAACACAGCACUGCAAUGCGCCAGCCUUCAGUGACUCUCCAACGGGCCAUCUCCUUGGAAGGGGAGCCCCGCAAGGUGGUCCUGCACAAAGGUUCCACUGGCCUGGGCUUCAACAUUGUGGGCGGGGAAGAUGGAGAAGGUAUUUUUGUGUCCUUCAUUUUGGCCGGUGGACCAGCAGACCUAAGUGGGGAGCUCCAGAGAGGAGACCAGAUCCUAUCGGUGAACGGCAUUGACCUCCGUGGAGCAUCCCAUGAGCAGGCAGCUGCUGCACUAAAGGGAGCUGGGCAGACGGUGACCAUUAUAGCACAAUACCAACCUGAAGAUUACGCUCGAUUUGAGGCCAAAAUCCAUGACCUACGAGAGCAGAUGAUGAACCACAGCAUGAGCUCCGGGUCCGGGUCCCUGCGAACCAAUCAGAAACGCUCCCUCUAUGUCAGAGCCAUGUUUGACUAUGACAAGAGCAAGGACAGUGGGCUGCCAAGUCAAGGACUUAGUUUUAAAUACGGAGAUAUUCUCCAUGUUAUCAACGCCUCCGAUGAUGAGUGGUGGCAGGCCAGGCGCGUCACACUGGAGGGGGACAGUGAGGAGAUGGGUGUCAUCCCCAGCAAGAGGAGGGUGGAAAGAAAGGAACGUGCCCGAUUGAAGACAGUAAAGUUUAAUGCAAAACCUGGAGUGAUUGAUUCAAAAGGGUCAUUCAAUGACAAGCGUAAAAAGAGCUUCAUCUUUUCACGAAAAUUCCCAUUCUACAAGAACAAGGAGCAGAGUGAGCAGGAAACCAGUGAUCCUGAACGAGGGCAAGAAGACCUCAUUCUCUCCUAUGAGCCUGUCACAAGGCAGGAAAUAAACUACACCCGGCCUGUGAUUAUCCUGGGCCCCAUGAAGGAUCGGAUCAAUGACGACUUGAUAUCUGAAUUCCCUGACAAAUUUGGCUCCUGUGUGCCUCAUACUACAAGGCCAAAACGUGACUACGAAGUGGAUGGCAGAGAUUAUCACUUUGUCAUUUCCAGAGAACAAAUGGAGAAAGAUAUCCAAGAGCACAAGUUUAUAGAAGCCGGCCAGUACAAUGACAAUUUAUAUGGAACCAGCGUGCAGUCUGUGAGAUUUGUAGCAGAAAGGGGCAAACACUGUAUACUUGAUGUAUCAGGAAAUGCUAUCAAGCGGUUACAAGUUGCCCAGCUCUAUCCCAUUGCCAUCUUCAUCAAGCCCAAGUCUCUGGAACCUCUGAUGGAGAUGAAUAAGCGUCUAACAGAAGAACAAGCCAAGAAAACCUAUGAUCGAGCAAUUAAGUUAGAACAAGAAUUUGGUGAAUAUUUUACAGCUAUUGUCCAAGGAGACACCUUAGAAGAUAUAUAUACCCAAUGCAAGCUUGUUAUUGAAGAGCAAUCUGGGCCUUUCAUCUGGAUUCCCUCAAAGGAAAAGUUAUAAAUUAGCUACUGCACCUCUGACAACAACAGAAGAGCAUUUAGAAGAACAAAAUACAUAUAAUAUACUACUUGGAGGCUUUUAUGUUUUUGUUGCAUUUUAUGUUUUUGCAGUCAAUGUGAAUUUUUAUGAAUGUACAACACAAACUGUGUGAAGCCAUGAAGGAAACGGAGGGGCCAAAGGGUGGGACAGAAAAGACAUUGCAGUAUGCAGGAAGGCUUUGGUUUGUUCAAAGUGCCAGGUGUAGGGAUGAACCUCUGACAGGCUUUCUGCCCAAGAGAUGGGCAGCCUUCCUCACCCCAGCAGAUGUCCAGAGCUGAUUUAGCUGCUGAUCUCUCUGUGUUUUUUGCUUUAAAGAAAAGUUGCCAGCACUUGAACCUCACCAACCUUCCCAUUACCCACAUCUGUAAUUGGUACACUUCCAAUUUUAUAACUAUGCACAUCCUUUGAUUUCUUACCAAGAAAAAGAAAGAAAGAAAGAAGGAAAAAAGGAAGGAGUCCCUUUGGAGACAGCAUAUCAGGGAAGGAUAAGUGUGUAGUUUCUUUGACUGGCAUCUGCAAAGACAAGCAUUUCAUAAAAUUCACAAGAGUAUGGAGGACUGACCUUACUAAAAGGAGAGGACUCCACCUGGGAUUAGCUUUAUGAUGUUGAUUGUCUAUUUUGCCAUUUAUAAAGUGAAAGAAGGCACUAAAGAUGAGAAUAAUUUAUACAAUAAAAAUAUAUUAAAUGUAUAGAAAUGAAUUUCUAUAGGUUAAAAAAAGUUUUGUGAAAUAUUUUAUAAAGACUAACUCAAAGACUAAAUGUAUGCACUCUCAGCAGAUCAUGAAAUUCAAGACCUGAAAGUUGUACUCUCCCUUUUGUUGCCAAUGAUCCAUUAAGAGCACCUGAGUUCCUUCGGAAGUCUGACAAAGACCUCCCUCACUAUCCUCCUAUGACCUCCCUUCCACACUAGAGAUAUACUCUCAUGAAGCACAUUUUUAAAUGAGUUGCCCUCAUGGAUAUUUUUCGACGACCUUUCAUUAAUACAUUUUUAAGUUGAUGGCUUUUCAGAAACAAACUCAUACAAAUGAUACUAAGGGAAGUUUUUGCUUUUCUCUUGUUAAACAACCUGGGCCUGCUGUGCAAAUAGCUGAAUAACUUGUUCCUAGUUACUUACAUUUCUUAAAGGAUCUUUUAGUAUUUUUGGCCAGCGAUGAGUAAUUAGCAUUACUAUUUUUUUUGUAUCACAGAGUAACUGAGGGUUUUGUUAACAGCCAGAGAUGGUAUACAGCCUUGGGGAGAUCUGUCCCAACAUACACUUUUUUUUGAGGAAGAGAGAGAAGAGACAUAUCUGGUUGGGGGGUGAGGGGUGCAGACUUUUGUUUCUGUGUGCAGGGCAAAAAGAUAGAACCACAAGAAAAAACAAAUACUUUGAGCUCAACCAACUGAACUGCCUUUCUUGGGGCUGCACCUGGACCAACUUUAUUUUUUAACAAUUACAAUAAUGAUGACUAAAAAUAGAAAUCUCCCAAAGCCUAUAAACUGAACCAGAAUAGUUAGUUCCAUGCUUCAAAGCUGAUAUCAGCAUUGCUUUUGCCCAACGUGUUUAGGGAGAGUUACUUCAGUGAUCUCAAUAACCACUCAACUCUGGGUUCUAUGCAUGCCCAGACUAAGCCCCAUCGCCUUAUUUCUGGGGUACAUCCAGACCUGGCAGGGAUUCUGCCACACUGUGCAGCAAACCAGCACGUAGGCUGGGGUGGGAAAGCAAGAGACAGAGCCAUCAGUAGUGAUGGGGCUUAUUCACAGUAAGACCAUCAGAGCUCAGGUUGAGGGUCUCUUUCCAAAAACAAGGAUUGUUCGUCUCACACUAAAUACUAAUUGUCUACCUGGCUGCAGUCACCAAAA